ACGAUACGCAUAACAAUUGACGACACAUAGUUGCAUGCUAUGCUAGGCAUUUCGAUAUCAGCAGAGAGCCUUUUUCAAAGGCUUACAUGUUGCAUAAUCAACCCUGUUGGUAAGACCUAAGACCAUCUUGCUCUAUGGUAAGACCCCAUCCGAAGACGAGUAUAACAGGUAACUUAUAAGAACACUGCAAAACUAACUUGUGCAUUUCAGUAUAUUCAGGCGUUGAGGGAAAUACCAUGGAGAGUAAAGAAGUUCCUGCAGAUGUCGGCCAAGCAAAUACUCAAGAGUACCCUGGCGGUCCCGUGAGACAAGGUGCCCCGAUGCCGGUUACAGGCCCGGCUCCAUAUCCGGCUGCGUAUUCGGGCCCGCCUCCACCCCAUGAAGGCUACCCGAUGCAACCUCCACAACAAGGGGCCUACCCGAUGCAACCUCCACAACAAGGGGCCUACCCGAUGCAACCUCCACCCCAAGAGGGCUACCCGAUGCAGCCUCCACAACAGGGGGACUACCCAAUGAAUCCUCCUCCUGUGUACACCGCGGCGGCCCAGCCUGUUCCUGGUUCAGUACCACCACCAGUGCCACCAGGCUACGCUAAUACACUGGUGAUAAGACCAAAUUUCUCUGUACUUCCAUGUACUAUGAAUUGUCCCAACUGCAACAACUUAGUCACUACGGUAACUCACAAAGAGAUUGGUUUAAUGGUGUGGCUGAUGGUUGGUGGGAUGAUCCUAGUUGGACUGUGGCUUGGAUGUUGCCUGAUCCCGUUCUGCAUUGACGGUAUAAAGGACACGGUACACACCUGCCCUAAUUGCAAGCACACUUUGGGCAAGUUCACUCACAUGUAGUGGAAGAGCAAGAUUGACUUUUCAAAUCAAUCUGGAACGCUGUUGAUUUCACCUAAAUGGCUGGGUAUUUUAGAUAUGUAUAUAUUGUUUAAAAGAAAGUGUACAAUUCGUUAUGGUAAAAAUAAACUGCAAACACUUUUGACGCUAUUGGUAACUGUCCAAGACCAGUCUUCUCACUUGGUGUAUUUUAACAUAUACAUACAAUAACAAACCUGUG